AUGCCACGAGCGAUAACGUUAUCCGGUCAUUUAUUCCUCGGCUCGCUGUUUUCUGCAAUUUUUUUAAUUUUCAACUAUUCCCUGCAUAGAAUCGAUGAAGGACACGUUGGUGUAUACUACAGGGGCGGUGCUCUUCUACCACUCGUUAGUUUACCGGGAUACCACAUGAUGAUUCCUCUAUUAACUAUUUAUAAACCAGUUCAGGUAACAUUACAAACCGAUGAAGUUAAGAAUGUACCCUGCGGAACAAGCGGAGGCGUCAUGAUUUAUUUCGAUCGAAUCGAAGUAGUCAAUCACCUCAAUCAAAACAGCGUCAUAGAUAUCGUGCGAAAUUACACAGCAGAUUACGACAGGACGUUGAUAUUCAACAAAGUCCACCACGAAUUGAACCAGUUCUGCAGCAUACACACUCUACACGAAGUCUACAUCGAUCUCUUCGAUCAAAUCGACGAGAAUUUGAAGCAGGCCCUGCAACGGGACCUGCUCGAAAUGGCGCCCGGCCUGACCAUCCAGGCCGUACGAGUCACCAAACCGAAAAUCCCCGAAGUCAUCCGGAAGAACUACGAGUUGAUGGAAGGCGAAAAAACCAAAUUGUUGAUAGCCACGCAACAUCAAAAAGUGGUGGAAAAAGACGCCGAAACCGAACGAAAGAAAGCCGUGAUAGAGGCCGAAAAGGAAGCACAAGUGGCCAAGAUACAAUACCAACAGAAGAUAAUGGAGAAGGAAUCGCUGCAGAGGAUCUCGCAGAUAGAAGACGAGAUGCAUUUGGCCAGGCAACGCAGCCACGCGGACGCCGGAUUUUACAACAUCAAACAGGAAGCGGAAGUCAACAGGCUGUUGCACACGCCGCAGUACAUCGAAUUGAAGAAAUACGAAGCGCUGGCACAGAACACCAAAGUCUAUUUCGGCAGCGAAAUCCCCCAAACGUUUUUGGGAACCGAUUUCUUUUCUCACAAAGACACUAAAUCGAACACUAACGAAGACAAUAGCUAA